CGCCGCCGACUCACUGAACACGAUCGAUUCUGCCGACACACCGACUCGCGGUGUUGAUGUUCGACGCACUUCCAGACGGGGACAAAGGCCGACGGAGGAGUGGGAGCCGCACGAGCUGCACUGCGUCCACCGGCCGGUUCAGUCGACAGAGCGGGUGGUCCAACAGUGUGUGGACGGUACUGAGCUCUGUCCACCGGAGCCGACCACGGCGGAGGCGGCGAAUAUCAGCACAAAUUACUACUAUUCCAAGUCAACUUCGUGGUGCCAUGAUCAGGGUGGACUCAAAAACCAUGAUCGUUCCGGCCGGAGGCGGUAUCAGCGAGCUGACUGGGCUGCGGAUCUCAGGGGAGACUGUGGAGCGGAUAUCAAUCACCGCUGCCGACCUCCCGCGACGGAUAGGGUUUCUGCCGGAGGGCCUCAAGUGCCUCAAUGUCAGAGGGCCGGAGGUGACGGAGCCGAGGUGGCCGGAAUGGGACGAGUAUGGUCUGUCAGUGUCGCUCCAGGGGGUGGCUGCCGACACCAUCAGUUACCUGACUGACCUGGGACGGAGGGUCACACGACUGGAGAUAUACGGUGAGCAGCGGCAGCACGGACAGGCCGCUGAUAUACGGGCUCAGGGAAUGGCGGACACCGAGUUGAGGUGUGCCGUUGUCGCACCUGGAGAGGGGUGCGAUACAUAGCCAAUGUGCUUUGCGAUAUAAUGAAGCUAAAUGUGCUCCAAAAUGGAGGACUGUUCACUCAGUGACAUAUUCGUUCAGUUACUAUGCUUUUCAGACCCCAUGAGACCCUAAUUUUCGGCGAUAAUUUAUUUACUAUUUGUUCAAUUUGCUUCAAAUUUUCACAAUGCACAUUUCAGCUCAAGCGCCAAUUUUCGUCAAUAUGGUCUCUUAAUAAAAUAUCAAAUUUUAAGGUACUUGUCGUUGCCUCGUAAUGUUAAAAUCGGCUCCGUAAAUCCGUCAGUGGAGUAGAGGCUAUCCGUGCGUAGGUGUGACGUCACAACCACGUGACCAUUAAGCUCCGCCCUCCCGGCGGACGGGAUAGUGACCUUGGCCGGUCAGUCGGCUGCGUGGAGCGGGCGGGGCAGUAGCUGUCGCACCGGGGCGGCUCGCAUGGACCGUAGCUGCCGUGCAGUGCAGUUGUCGUUGCAGCCGUAACUUCAUCGAAUGAGCUAAAUAGCGCGCAUAAGUAACGCACCAGCUGAAGCCCUCGACUAAUUGUAUCUAUCACAAAUGUUUUCUCUGUUCAGUCACAAAAAAUAUAUAUUUCCACACAAGAUUCGGGGCUUGUGAAAAAACGCGUAUAAAAGACGCUGUUGAUUUCAAAUGAUUGCGUAAGAUUAUAUAUCGCGUCAGACUACGUCAAAAUUGCAAAACAGAAUCACCAUUAACAUGAUGCAAUUUAUGUGUUUGAUAUAUGAAAUUUGUUUAGGAAUGUAUGCCGGCGUGAUCGAUUUAUAUCAUCCCGGUGCAACUAAGCAUUGAACACCUUCAGGACUAAUCCAUUUGAUCAUCGACUUAGGUUGAGGAGGUCGCCAGACUAACUUUGCCCCCAGAGCUUGUGUGUUGAAAUGCAAACAUGAAAAGUAAAAGCCUAGAGAUAGUUUCCUCACCAUUGAGGACAUACCUACAGUUACUGAAGUUUUACAAAAAAAAA